AUGAGUGGAGCAGCGACGCGGAGCCGCUCGGAGGAUCCGGGAUCCAGGAUUGGGCUCUUCCACACGCAGGCGGAGCUGAUGGCCCUGCUGCCCGCGCUGCCCAAGCUGCGGGACACCUUCGAUCUAUUCGUGGCGAACGGCAGCAAGCCGCCGGCCAGCGGAGACUCGGCCCUGCGCUUCGUGGACGGAUGCGCCAGCAUCGACCUCUCCGACGUGGCGGACUGCCUGCGCGCCAUGGGCCUGAGUCCCGGCGAGGACUGGAUGCGAGACCGCCUGGCGGAGCAGCUGCGGCGGCGGGAGGCGCUCGGUCCGGAGGGGGCGCGCUUCGCCAGGCGGGCCACCUUCGAGCUGGUGCUCACUCUCUACUGCGCCCUGGCGCCGACCAGCGAGGGGCGGGGGCCCACGGCGGCGGAGGUGCUGCAGGUGCUGCGCAGCCGCGACCCCGCGGGCACCGGGAUGCUGCCCUACAGCCAGCUGCGGCGCAUGCUCACCUCCACGGGCGAGCGGCUGGACGAGGCCGAGGUCUUCGGGCUGCUGCACUCGGUGGCGGACGUCGCCGGCAACGUGCACUACGAGCCGCUGGUGCAGCAGCUGUUCGCCAGGCACGCACGGGCGGACGGACAGCCGGAGUCGGAGGCGGAGGAGGCGCUGCGGCAGGCGGGGCUCUACCUGCAGGCGGUGGGCCGGCACGCCGUGGACAUGGACAUGGCCAAGCGGGACGAGUUCAUCGAGGCGCUGCGGCGGGAAGAUCCCCUGGGCACCGGCUUCAUCGAGUCCGGCCGCCUGCUGGAGCUGCUGAACCGCAGCGAGGAGCGCUUCUCCGCCGAGGAGCUGCAGCUGCUCACCCAGGGCAUGGAGGACACGAGCUGCGAGCGGGGCGUCAACUACCGCCGCUUCCUGUACUUCAUCAUGGACGAGUAGGUCCUCGGUCUUGGCCUUGGCUCCUCGUCCGUUGACUCCUGUUCGAUUCGAUCUAUUAACCGCUUAACCUUAAAAAAAAAAGAAGAAAAGUA